CAGAUUUAUCACGUCUUUCUCAAUCCCACACAAUUAUUCUAAGUUGAUGUCAUCGUACAAAAAUUUUGAUUCAAGAGAAGACCGAUUUAAAUCAUUUCAUGGUCUGAGAACAAUAACAAUAAUCUGCGUUAUCCUCUUUCAUUCGUUUCUACCAGUAGCGGUUGGACCCAAAAAUCCUCGUUUUAUUGAAAUGCAAUAUGAAAAUAUUUUUCAUCUUAUCUUCAUAAAUGGAACGAUUCUGGUUCAAACUUUCUUUGUUAUGUCUGGCUGUUUGUUGGCUUAUAAACUUGAGGUGUAUGCUGAAAAACACGAAAUGAGAUGGACGUUGAUCCCAAAAGUGAUAACUGGUUUUUGGAUAAAACUCACGCCUACUUACAUAGUUGUCCUAGGUCUCACUGCGACUUGGUUAAGAUACGCCGGCUCAGGGCCUUUUUGGGAAAUAGCUGUUACUAAAGAGGUUCAGCAUUGUCGCACUAAUGGAUGGGCGAACUUGUUAUAUGUAAAUAAUUAUUUAGACAGCACACUGUGCAUGAUACACACUUGGUAUCUGGGAGCUAAUAUGCAGAUGUACGUGAUCGGAUCUAUAGUGUGCAUUUUGGCAAGAAGUAACAGAAGUAAGAAAAUAUUAUUGAUACUACUUUUUAUACUAGGGAUUGUAACACCGGCGGCACACACGUAUUUUCAAGACCUGGAUGCAAUUUAUAUAAUAACACCAGAGAUCGUCAGAGCGUUUAAAAACGAUGUAACAUUCAAUGAGGUUUACAGAAGAGGCCACACGAAUAUAGUGAACUUUGUUUUGGGUCUAACGUUGGGUAUUUUUAUAUACCGAUUACAAGUUAACCAGGUUGACAUGGUAAAAUUCAAGAAAUAUCGAUUCCUAUUUCUGCUUACGAUACCAGCAGUUUUUGGUUUAUUAUUUAUAGGAAGUGUAUUUUAUAAGGACGAGUUUCAGGCAUCUGCUAUUACAAAAGCCAUAUACGCUGGUUUGAUCAAACCUAUUUUUGGAGUUAUCUGCGCGUUGAUUAUUAUUGGAUGUGUUUUUAAAAUUGACAAUGUAUACCGAAUAAUUUUUGAAUGGGAUGGAUGGAAGAUUCCUUCGAAGUUAUCAUAUAGUGUAUUUCUUCUACAUUUUAUGAUAAUACGAGCGAUGACUGGAAGAUAUACAACAUUGACUACAAUGAAUAACUUGUAUAUGAUAGAAAAAUCUCUAAACUACGUAAUUAUGUCUUAUAUAGCUGCAAUAGCACUUUUUCUAUUGGUUGAAGCACCACUGACAGAGUUUUUGAAAAAUUGCUUGGAAUUUACGAUCUUCAACACAAAAAUUAAAUCAAUACAACCAGAACAAAACAAUGGAAUCUACCUUAACAAAAACGCAGACACAUUCAUCGAUGAAAAAUAAAUUAAGGGAAGAAUUGAUUCUGUAGAUUAGUUUAAAUAAAAUUAGAGAAGAAAAUCUUCACAAGAAGAUGU